AUGCAAGCCAAUCCGCCUCCGCUCCCCAACCGUCGCAACACUGCAGGAGUGCCGCCACCGCCACCCGAGCGCAUCCAUCACCGUCAUAUCUCAGUCGACGAAGAACCUCACGUCUCUUCUCCUCCCGACGACCUUGCCUCUCCUCCCACCGCCGCCGAGAACAACCGUGUGCUGAGCCGUCUACCUCCGCCGCCGACACGCAAGCUCGCACCAGGCGACAAACUGCCUCCCGCUCGUCGCAACACUUCCGAAUCCUCAGACGAGUCCGAUGCGCCAGACGACGAGAAAUCUCGCGCGGCGGAUGGAAUGCCCGAUACGUCGCGCGCAUCCCGUCGUGCGCCUGUGCUCGUCGCGCACUCGCAUUCGGAGAGCCAUAUACAUGUGCCGGCGCACGUUGGCUGCGUUAUUCAGGCGGCGCACGUCGUUGUGGUGGGGAAUGGACAUCAGUUGAAGGUGUUUGAUCUGAGUAUUUCGGAGAUGCCGAUUAAGGUGAUUAAGGGGGAGGACGUGAGUUAUUCGAGGGAGUUGAAGCCGAGCGCGUUGCAAUGGCGGGGCACGAGCGACGAUGAGGAGAGGGGGAGGUAUCUCUGGAUAGGGACGAAGGAGGGGCAUCUGUUCGAAUGGGAUGUGUUGAGGAUGUGUUGUACGGGUCAGAGGCUGGCGAUCCACGCGGGUCAGACGAUAUUGAAGAUCAUGCGGUGUGGACUGGCGAUGGUGAGCGUGGACGAAGCAGGGAAGGUGAUCGUCUGGGUGCCGGCGAGAGAAGGGAUGGAAGGGAUGAACUACAUGGACACAUUUAAGGUCUUCCGCAUCCCGGAGAAAUCGACGUGGUUCGACAUCUUUGACGCGAGACUGUGGACCGCGACGAGGGAGACAAAGGGCGAGUCGGCGGGACGGGGCCCGCCGAUCAAGUGCUAUUCGUUGUUCGAUAAGGCGGACAGUAUCGGGCGGACGCUGCUCACGUCGGAACAUACGGCGCCUGUGCUCUGUGCGUCGAUGUUGCCCUCGCAGCCGGACACGAUCUAUGUGGGCCAUGAAGGUGGUUUUGUCUCGAUCUGGUCCUUGGCGCUCGAGGCGGACCGCAUACCGAAGUGUGUGGAGGUGAAGAAGAUCUGGGCGUCGGAUGUGUUGUGCAUGAAGGGUGUGGGCGAUAGGCUGUGGAUGGCGGGUAGGAAGGGAACGGUGAAUUGUUAUGAUGUGGGGGAGAGCGCUGAGGGCGAGCAGGAUGUGCAGCAGGGUGGGAGGAGGCCGUGGGUGCUGACGAAUCAGUGGGUUGCGUGUGGGAAGGUGGAGAAGGGGAAGGAGGGGACGCCGGUGACGGGUCUCGAGGUGGAUAUGGUCGGUCUGGAGAAGCUGGGGAGGUUGUGUGUGAUGAGUUGGGGGAGAGAUGAGAAGGUCAGGUUUUGGGAUGGGUUAAUGGGUGACGAUUGGAUCGAUAACGAACUCAUCAAACGCGAGACGUCUUUCAGUACCUAUCGCUCUCUCAACGUUCUCAUCGUCUCCUGGAACGUCGACGCUGCCAAACCCGACGCACUCACUCAGCCUGGGAGUAGCCCGGAAAACAUCGCCUUCCUCUCUGACGUGCUCUCCACCGUCGAUUCCCCCGACAUCAUCGCCUUUGGCUUCCAAGAACUCAUCGACCUCGAGUCUCGAAAGAUGGCCGCAAAAUCGGUCUUCCUCGGUGGUGGGCUCGGUAAAUCCGACACUCACGACAAGGGAGGAGACGACAGUCCAAUAUCGGACAAGGUGUCUAGUUCGUACAAGAGGUGGCACGAGAGACUGGUAUUGGCGGUCAGACUGGCCAUGCCGCCGGACGCGCCGUAUACGGUGAUUCAUACGGAGAGUUUGGUGGGGCUGUUUAGUUGUAUCUUCGUGAAGAAUGCGGAGAGAGUCAGUUUGAGAGAGGUUGCGACGGCGACUGUGAAGCGCGGUAUGGGUGGACGUUAUGGGAAUAAGGGAGCCAUCGUAUCCAGAAUGGUCAUCGACGACUCGUCGAUCUGUUUCCUCAACUGCCAUCUGGCUGCCGGUCAGCAUCACGUUCGUCAACGUAAUGCGGAUCUUGCAGCUAUGGUGGAGCAGAAGGGACUCUUCCCAGAGUCUGAAACCGUCGAAGACUCGCUCGUGUUCGUUGGUGGUGGCGAUGGGUCCAUGGUUCUUGACCAUGAAAUCGUCUUCCUCAACGGCGACAUGAACUACCGCAUCGACCAACGCCGGGAUGCCGUCAUCUCCGCCAUCCGUAACGAUACCUACCGUUCCCUCAUCGUGCACGACCAACUGCACAAAGAAAUGCGACACAACCCCGCCUUCCGACUUCGUUCCUUCACCGAAGGCCCGCUCACCUUCGUACCCACAUACAAAUACGACCGUCAUUCCACGGAAUUCGAUUCGUCCGAAAAAGCGCGUAUACCCGCUUGGUGCGAUCGCGUACUGUGGAGGGCGAGAGAUAUGGAGCGCGUGAGGCAGCUGCAUUAUCAGAGGUACGAGCCGGACGUGAGCGAUCACAGGCCGAUCAGCGCGGCGUUUGAGAUGACGGUGAAGAGUGUGAGGCAGGAUGCGCGGGCGGCGUGUAAGGCGGAGGUGCAGAGUUUGUGGGUGGAGGAGCAGAUGGAGAGGUUGGGGAUGGCGAGGGCGUUUUAUGUGGAGCAUAAUUUGAUGUGA